AUGGCUUUUGUAAGAAAUCUAUUGGGUGCCAAGAAGAUUCUUGGAGCCGCAACAAGCAAAAGGGCGGCCUCAGCGGCACCAAAGGGGUUUCUUGUGGUGUACGUAGGAGAGAGCCAGAAGAAGAGAUAUGUGGUGCCAAUCUCAUACUUGAGCCAGCCUACUUUUCAAGCUCUUCUGAGCAAAUCGGAAGAAGAGUUUGGGUUUGAUCAUCCAAUGGGCGGCUUAACGAUCCCUUGUCCUGAAGAUAUCUUCAUCAACGUAACGUCUAGGCUCCAAUGAUGAUGAUCAAACAUAUUGUUCUUCUAGUUAGAGAUAUACUUUGUUCCUUGUAAAUAGAGGAUAGUUUGUUUUUUUUCCUCUCUUUCUUCCCGAAAGAGUUCUAAAAUUUGAAAGUGGAAUACAAAUUUUUAUGCUAUAAACAUACAUAAUUCAUGUUAAA